UCAGGGCGCAGCAGCCCGCCUCCCUGUCUACUUCCGCGUGUCGGGGUGGAGCAGCAGCCCUGGCAGCAGCUAAUGUUUAAAAAUGGAGCUCGGCGUCAGUCAGCGUUAAGAAACAAUGAAGAAUCGAACACCGAUCGCCGCCCGUGUCGCCUCGCCUUGCCAGUUCACCUAGUCAGCCAUCGCAGAGCCGGGCGGACUGAUCCCACAUGGCGAGUCUGUCGUACCUGGUGCUCCGGUUCUCGGGCUCCGCUGGUCGGACCUACGGAGUGUUUUGCAAAGGCUUGACGAGGACUUUGUUGAUAUUUUUUGAUCUGGCAUGGCGGCUGAGAAUCAGAUUCCCUUACAUAUACCUCGUCGCUUCGAUGGUGUUUAAUGUCAGACUCCAGGUUCAUAUUGAAAUCCACUGACAACACAACAUUUGCAUUUUUGACUUAAAUCAGCGGGACUCGAGCACGGCCUGAGAAGGCUGUGCAGCCUUCAAAUCUGAACAGCAUUGUGGAUGGAGAGGACACCCACUCCUGCAGGCUGGUGCGACAAUGCACCACAGUGAGGCGACCGCUCGUUUGCAGCAGUCGUCAUACGAGCUCGGUGCCUUUGCAGACGAAGGACAGAAUGGAUGUUUUUUUUUUUGUUUUUUUUUCAAUGUGCGACAGGGUGAGGAGCGAUACGCGGAGGGGAAGAGGCCUUGCAGCUGCGGAAUCAGGAGCCGUUCGUGGGGACUUGAUCAUGAAAGACGACGAUUGUGGCUGUGAAACUUUGUAGCUUACCCUUUUUAGUGUGCGUGUGUCAAUGAUGUAUGUUUAUCAGUAGUGUUGCAUCUCAGAAUUAAAAACCUGGACACAGUUCAGUUUACUUUACGACAGAAGCAUCUUCUCAGCAUGACAUGAACAAGCAUGCUUUUUUUUCCCCUCCCUUGUCUUCUGUGACACUGGGGUUGUUUUUACAUGAACAAGCGGUACGUGUUUUCUUUAACAUAGAUGGUGGCGGCUCCUCCAACUGGAGAUGUUACAAGGGCGGAAAUAGAGUAAUGGCAUGUCUUGCACUGGUGGUCGCGCUCGGAGGUCAUCAGUCGCUGUUUCUUCAAACCAGUAGCACUAAAGAGUCGAUGGUAGUUACAAACAAAAGUUAUCUGCAAAACAUUUUAAUGCUGAAAAUUUAUUUAAUCGAACAUGUCUGAUGGUUUGUACUCAGAACUGAUUGUGAAAAUGAUUUAACUCUGGAAGAAAUAAAUUUGUAAAAAUCACA